CGCAGCCACUGUUGUCUGACAUGUCAUCUGGUUACUGUCAAAAUAUUCCAAAAAAAUUGAUGUGAGCUAAAAGAACUGAACUGAAGUUAUAUAAAACCUUAUAAAUUAUAAUAUUGCAAUUUUAUUAGUUUAAUUAAAAAUAAUAGUGAAGAAAAUUUAAACUUUUCUAUAAGCAAUUUGCUUUAAGUCCAAACGUAAAAGUAAUUAUUUACUAAAGUUGAUAACGAAGUAAUAAUAUUUUGUUUAGAUUUUAUAUCAUUAGUUGCCUUCUAAUUAAUAAUUAAAUUUUUUGAAUUGAAAAAUGACGUCUACGAUUAGCUCGUGGAAUCCUGACAAGAAGCACAGUGAUGUAGAAAGAUGGAUAUGCAUAUAUCCAGCCUACUUAAAUAAUAAAAAGACUCUAGCGCAGGGCCGCAGAUUACCAAAAGAUGUGUGUGUUGAAAAUCCCACUCACCAAGAGAUAAGAGACGUAUUAUUUGGUACGGGACUACGUAUUGGUGUGGAGAAUAAGCUUUACCCACGUGAGCGUAGUAAGGAAAUGUUGUACAGAGGUCGUAUAAGAGUAGAGUUAAAGAAUGAUGAUGGAUCACCAAUUAAAGCAGAAUUUCCCAAUAGGGAAUCUGUUAUGAAGUAUAUUGCUGAAUCUAUUCCAAAGUUGAAGACUCGCCAAAACAGACCUGCAGAUCAACAACCACAGGUAGUUCAACAAGGAGGAAACAAAGCUAAAGGAAAAAAAGGAAGGCGAUAAUUUGUUUGACUGUAUCGUUUUCGAAUGCAAUUAAAUACUUUUUUUUUAUUUAAUUAGUUUAUAUUUCACUGUACAAAAUUAAUAUAAAACAUAAUAUAAAAGUUAGUUUCUAUGAAUGAAUAUGAAUA